AAAAGUCAUGGAUCUCUCAUGGUUGCUCGGCCACGCCCGUGUCUCAUUUCAUCACUCGAAGAAUACUAUCUCUCUGGCCUCUAAAACUGGGAAAACAGCCCUUUCUGAUGUAUGCAAAGCAUCGACGCCACCAUGCAAGUUAAAUCCUCUACUGUUCAAUGGUCAUCUCCAUACUGCCUGGACAGCCGUAAAGGCUGCUGGACCACCUAUCAUGUACAAGCGUCAGAUUUUCGAGUCUGAAGAUCCCAGAUUUGCGGGCACAUUUGCCGUCGACUUUGUAACCCACCAUCAGGCACCAACAGAAGAUCACAGCCUCCCUCCUCGUACGACCUAUUACACUGCGGAUGAAUUUGCAAACAUUGGUAGUGAUGACACCAAGCCUAUGUUGAUUACUCUGCAUGGAUUGAGUGGUGGUUCGCAUGAGAUCUAUCUCAGGCAUGUGUUGGAGCCGUUGGUAGAUCAGAGCGAGCAAGGCGACUGGGAGGCCAUUGUGAUCAAUAGUCGUGGAUGUGCGAUGAGCAAGAUCACCACCGGCAUCUUGUACAACGCAAGAGCCACCUGGGAUCUGCGACAGAUGGUCAAGUGGUGCAGAAAGAUGUAUCCGAAUCGCCCUCUGUUCGCCAUUGGAUAUUCCUUGGGUGCCAAUAUUCUCACAAAUGGCGAUGCGUGCGAGUUGCAAGCAGCAGUAGUCUGUUCUAAUCCCUGGAAACUCGAAGUCGCCAGUCUUGCCCUGCAGCGCACCUGGCUUGGACUCAACGUGUAUUCCAAAACAAUGGGAAACAACAUGAAGAAGCUUUUUGUACAGGUUGCAAGGAUCAAAUAUCUGCAUGAGUUCGACAGGGAGAUUCAGUGCCCGACUUGGGGUUACCCGACAGAAUACGCAUAUUAUCGCGACGCAUCUUCGGCAGACUCAGUUACUGCCAUUCGCAUUCCCACCUUUGCCAUCCAUGCUGAGGAUGAUCCGGCUGUUCCGUAUGAGGAAAUCAAGCAGAAUCCGUAUGUUGUCAUGUGCUCGACUUCGACUGGUGGCCAUUUGAGUUGGUUCGAGAUUGGCGGAACGAGAUGGUUCUCCAAGCCGAAGAUGGCGCGCGAGUAUGAGAGCGGUAGAAAGGAUGGCCCGACGGGCACGUUGUCGGAGAUGACGAACAAAGCCACAUCAGAGACCGGAUUCAAGAGUCCGUUCGUUUUUGAACCGAUGCGCAGGAAAAUGUACCUUCCAGAG